AUGCCAAGGAAGAAGCACUAUCUAAAACCAGGAGAGGACUUAAUACUUGACUGGAGGCCGUUAUGGAAGGAGAUCAAGUCAAUCGUCCUUCCAUCUGAGAUGGCAACACACCAGGGAGGAAGGAAACGGAGUCAUAAGAAUAUCGCCAACAUGUGCAUGUUCGCAUCACAAUACUUUGAUCCCAGUGAGCGCCAAGCCAUGUUAGAAGAGAUCUUGCCGUAUUUCACGACCUCGGAAAUAUCUGGCGCAUUCAUUGUACUUGGCUCUUUGAAUCUGUUAAUGCCCACGCACCCGGCACGAAACGAAGCUGGCCAACUUCAACCGCAAGACUACCUCCCCACUUUCUUCCACCUCUGGUCCCUUGUGAAUCGAUCCAAGGCCUUUGACGUUAUCUUUUUUGACAUGUUCUCACGACUUGCGCGAGACUCGCUCACAAGUGAGCAUGUGCCGUUCUCAGAAUACGGCAUCUUUACGAAGGAUCAAUCAGACCUGAUCUUCACUGCCUUGUUGAGACUGACCGAGAUUCCUGUGGGUCAGGCAUCUUCUCCAUACAGUGGUGUGGUUGAUCUAGGAGCUGGUCUUGGGGCAUAUCUAGAAAGAGACAAGAAAAAGGUACCAGUUGGUUACUCCAUCGCAAGAUGGAUCGUCAUGUCAUUGUCGCCAGUUUGUAUAGACAAGCCAGGCUCGAUCCUUACGAACUUGGAAGGAUUGAUGGAGUCUGUGGAUACAUUUUUCCACCCGUCAAAUCAAGGCUCCUGGACAGAUAUGCUGGCACAGAUCGUCUUCCAUUUAGUUGAUUUCUUCGUUAUGCGGUGGAACCGCGAGCAGAGCGGAGAGAUGGAUACCCCUCCAGAACGACGAAUCAGUGCGGAGUUAAAGAAGCGCUUCGUUCUCAGUCUCAAGGAGGUCAUGUUCAUGGGUCUCUUUUCCAAGAAGGCUAAGUCCUUGAACUGCUUUUUCGGGGCCAUUCAAGGUUUAGCAUAUCUCGAACCUCAUUCCAUCAUUCCAGGAGCUUUGCAAAGAUUCUAUCCAUCAUUGCAGGGCCUGGUGGAAGUUCACCGGACACAGUCAUCGCUUUGUGGCCUACAGUUGACUGCCAACGUCAUGUCCAAGCACAAAGGUCUGCGAUGCCACAUUACCGCCCUUCUUGCCUUGGCAUUGCCAGGUAUCGAUGCAAAUGACUUAUCGAAGACAUUACACACCUUGAACUUUAUCCAGUCUGUGGCAUAUAGCAUACCAUUCGUCGACCUGACGAAGGAGCAUGGAGAGAUCCAUGAUUCCUCGUUAGCGAUCCAAUGGGUGCAAGGCGAGAUGGAGCGGAUGGAACGGGAGGGACCGAAUAUCGAGAUUGACUACCGAAAAGAAUUGAGUGACGAAGAUGAGGCAAAUAUCGUCCGCUCCUCUACUGCUGGAUUUGGUGAGUUUGUCCUGUCUCUGCUUGGGAAGAUCUUCACUCUUCUGGAGAAUCUACCUGAGCUGUCACGAGCUCGAUCCGGCUCUCCUGAAGAGAGUGUGAUAAACACCUUACCGUCAGCUCUCACUCCGCUAUUCGCGGCCCUAUCCCCUGAGAUCUUUGAUCAAGCCCUUGAGAAGAUUGCCACAUUCGUUGGGGGUCAUGUCAUUCACCAAUCCCGAGAUGCGAUGGCCUUCAUCUGUAAUUCAUUAUGCAAAGCCAACCCAGAGAAGACCUUAAAAAUCUUCGUUCCCCUGCUGAUUGUCGGGAUCCGGAAUGAGAUUGACUACAACAAUGCAGCCUCGGACAGGAGCAGUGGAAGCGAUGUGCUUCCUCGAGACAGAGCUCUUGUCUGGCAUAUCAGCAUGCUGAGCAUGAUCAUCGUCCACGUUGGGGACAGUCUCAUGCCAUACAAGAAAGAUCUCUUCGAUAUCGCUUUGUAUAUGCAAGAAAAAUGCCGCGGCAUUCCCACUAUCCACAUCUCGAACUAUAUCCAUCAUCUGCUCCUCAACCUGACGUUGAUCUAUCCUGUGGAUGGCGCACUUUACGAACCAGACGUGUUUCAGCGUGGCUUAGACAUUGAUGAUUGGGGAAAGACUACGAAGCCGACAGAACUGACUAUCAAUUGGCAUCUACCUUCUGAGGAAGAGAUCAAAUUUGCUGUGGAGCUCUUCGAAUCCCAGGUUGAUACUGCAAUGGAACGUCUUACGAACCUCAUCAGCGAGAACCCAGCUGUUAGCAGAAAAGGCAAGAAUAAGGAAUGGUCUGACGAAGUCUCGAGAAAUCUGUCACAAUUGCGACUGAUCAUAUCAGGCAUCGCCACUCUUUUCGACCCCAAGAAGGCGUCUGGCCAAUUUGACAAGGACCAGGAUGGCGAUACACAAAUGAACGAAAUAGAAUCCAGUGAUGAGGAAGAAAGCCCUCUCGCGGAAGCUGCCGAAGAUGUGGAAACCCGCCCUCAAUUUCAUUAUCGAGCAGGAUAUUUGUUAGAGAGAAACAGCCCAACAUAUGUCCAUAUUCACAAGCUUCGUGAGAACAUCGGGGAACUUUUGUCCAGGUUACAUAUUUUCUUAUCCGAGUUCCAGGAGGAUGAUGUUGCUUGCUUCACUGCCCUGUACCAAACCUACCGAACCUGGAUUACAGACGUUGGUAAUGAAAGAUCUGCACAUAUGCUGGAGCGAGUUAGCAAACUAUACGACGUUGAUAUUCGGGCCUUCAAGGUCAGUGGGCUUCGAAAAGUCUACCCACGACCACUCCUGGUUAAGCGAGCUAGCAUCUAUCACUUUCAACGAGCCAAGCAUAACUCCUCGGCUAGACACAAGUCUGCCCUUGACAAGAAGCUUCUCCUAGACUUGGCAGCUUCCGCUGUGUCAUCAUACGCCGAGGUUCGGAUCAAUGCCCAGGCAGCACUGGAAUCUGCUCUGAAGAGUCUUCUUGGAGGGCGUCCUCUCGUCAUACCCGAGCUGUUGAAGACCUUUAGAACAGCUCUGGAAUCCAAUGAUUAUGACAGAAUCAAGGGUUCGUUGUACACAUUGCUGUACGGAAGUCUAACCAAAACAAUUUCCAAGGAUUGGCGUUUCGCUCCGGAUAUGAUCGAUCUCUACAUCAAGACAGCCUCGGUCGACAAGCCCUCGAUUCAGAAAGUCGGUAGCAAUGCGUUGUAUGGUGGUCUCAUGGAAUUUGGCAAAUCUCUCGAGCACAUCAUUGUUAUCAACCAGGAAUUAGUAGAUGUCUUUGAGCCCAAGGACAACAAUACAGACAAGAUUUCCUCGCGACAUAAUUUUAUCGUCGACCGCAGACGCAAGGUUGAAGAAAAGAAGUUAGCAUUGGCUGAGAAGCUUAUCGAGAUCUCGAAGAACUCUCAUUGGAAGAUCGCUGGCCGAUGUACGCUGUUCAUACUAAACUCCGGCCUUCGAGUGCAGACCCUUGCACCACCGUCUCUCAUCAAUUUGGCAAUCGAUGGCUCUAUUAAUGAUCAUCCCGGUCUUCGAGCCAGCUAUGCUGAAUCGUUCAUCAGAAUAUUCAAUCAUCUUGAUACUCGUUCGAUCUACGGCCACAGUGUCGAGAAUUUUGUCCUCGAAAAGGAAAACGCAGAAAACAGAAUUGAUGUGAAUGUGCGCAAAGACGACCCAGAUUGGACGAAAAAAUUCCUCGAGGGCUUUGAGAGUCAUGAAAUUCCCGAGUAUUUUGUCGAGCGAGAUUUCCCGGGUUGGCUUGUUUGGGGAACAAGUUUUCGGGGUACCAGAGCCAGACCAAUUGAGUUUACCGACUACGAUGAGCUGGAGACGUCUGUCAGAAAGCAAAUUGGGGACAAGCUCACUCGCAGUUGGUACAGUAAAUUCUUCGGCUAUAUGAAGCAAGAGCCUCGUGACUCUGCCUCGGAUCGAUUCCGGGUGCAUAAUGCCGCUCUUUUGAUGCAGACAUUCGAUCUGACUCUCACUGGUUUGACGUCUGCUACAUUUGAGGACAUCAAAGAGGAACUCAAGACAACUUUCGGCGAUGGAACCGACAAGCACCAACAUCGUGCUACGUCAGAAAUCCUAGCUGCCCUCCUCAUCUGUGUCAUUGAGCAGCCGAUCGAGCUGCGCAAUAAGGUUUGGGAAUAUGGCGUACCUAUUAUGCUGCAAGUCUUUGCCGACGGUUUGACACCAGAAAAUAUUGCGUACUGGAUGACUUGUCUCCACAUGAUCAUUGGUGGUCGAGACCCACGGCAGGCACGGGAAAUCAUCGAUACUCUCACAUCGUUCCGUUUGGAUAUGUCCUCUAAUGCCGCCUUCAAGGAAAGCUCCAAGGUCCAACUUCUCGAAUUUGCAAUUCAAGAUGCAGGAUGGCACUUCCGCGCCGAGAAGCCUAUUCUUGAGGAUUUCUUGGCUCACAUCGACCAUCCAUACAAGGCUGUUCGAGAAGCUAUUGGUCGCACGAUUGCCUCAAUCUACCGUACUCGUUACUAUGAAGCAUUCAUGGAUGUCAAGACUCUUCUGCAGGAGAACAAGGCUUCCUCGUCAAUUGGUAUCAAGCCUUAUACCCCAACGAAAGAGUUCUCUACCAGCAUCAAGGAUGUUUUCGCUCGGCUCGAAGUCUGGCGUGGAGAGCGUGCCCCUGGUCAACAAACUCCGUCUUCCUAUACUUCAGGUAGCAAGACUGUCUUACUCUGGCUUGACACCACGCUACAGUCUUACGAAUGCACACAGCUGCUGGACUUCUUCCCAGACGUCUUUAUGGAGCAACUGCUGCACAUGAUGGACGUGAAGGAAGAUCCAGAGCUUCAGCGCCUUGCCUAUCUGGUUUACCGCCACUUGCCGAAUAUUCCCUUCCGUGCUGGAGAGGAUGGUGACUUCAUUUCUGCAUUAAUCCGCAUUGGCAAGAUGUCGACCUCCUGGCAUCAACGUCUAAGAACUCUCAUCAACAUGCAAGUCAUCUACUUCCGACGCAUAUUCCUCAUCAAACCUGAGCAGCAGCAAGCCCUGUUUGAAGCUGUUGCCGACAUGCUGGAGGAUACCCAACACGAAGUCCGUUCAGGUGCCGCCACUACUCUUUCGGGAAUGAUUCGCUGCUCGCCUGUUGCUCUUCGUAACAACAUCCUUUCUUCUCUUCAAAAGAAAUUUACCGAGUCAUUAAGAAAAAACCCAAUGCCGAAGAAGACACCUGGUACAAACACACCAAUCAACAACAAUCAGCAAGUCAUUCGACGACAUGCUGCAGUACUUGGCCUUGGUGCACUGGUCACAGCAUUCCCGUAUGCGACACCACCGCCGGUAUGGAUGCCAGAGAUCCUUGCCUUGCUAGCGUCUAGAGCCGCAAAUGAUGCAGGUGCUAUUGGCAAAACUGUUAAGACCAUCCUGGCAGACUUUAAGAAGACUAGACAAGAUACGUGGGUCACGGAUCAAAGAUACUUCACGCCGGAUCAAUUAGAAGAUUUAGAAGGCGUUCUCUGGAAAUCCUAUUUUGCAUAG